UUGCCAAUGAACGCACCCGCUACGAUUGAUCGAGCUUUGUUGUACUUCGCGUUCCAUACGCUAGAUGUCGCUAGGAUCAAUGAACUUUUGACGUGAACUUGAUUGAAACUUAGAAUAACUUAACCAAAAUAUUCUAAGCUUUUUAUGUGAUGUGAAUAGUGAUAACCGUGGGAAUAUAUUAAUAAAUAACAACGUUUAUAGUACAAUGCGUGAGAAAUGCACAUGUGUGAUUUAAUUCUUAGAAUACGACAUCCUGGUUCCUUCACUUAAAACUUUGGCCAAAUUCCAAUGAUAAGCAAAUGACGAAAUUUCGAAAAACAUUUUAUCAAAACUAACUAGUUGAAAGAAAUGUUUGGAAAUGGCGGAAUUUCUGCCGCUGUGCGACGUGCUGUUCAACGUGAUCUCGCUUGCCGGGUACUUCUGCGACGUGGUGUUCGACGUCGUGAUGGGAUACGCGUUACUCGAACGAGGAUAUAAAGGCACUUUUGCUGCUGCUAUAUCUAUUGUUAUCACUUCGCUAGUCAUAUCACAGGUGCUCUCGCUCCGCUGGUAUCUUCACGUAUGGUGGGCCGGAGAGGGUCGCAAGGGCAGGCCGCCAUGGCUCCCAAUACUGCUGCACUGCCUCCAGCUAGGCGUACUCUGGAGAUAUGCCCGGCUACUCGUACCUGUCGAGCUGAGGAGAGUCAAGCACCAAGUCCGAGAUCUAUGUAUGCUCCGCCUAGUCCACGCGUUCUGCGAGGCCGCGCCCAUGUUACUGCUACAGUUGCACAUACUGUUCAAGGACACCAGCAGGGAACCCACCAGCGACCUCACCGUCACUCCCGAACCCAGCAUCGAUGAGCCCUCAGAAAACAAAGCGUUCGCGGAGCUGAACGUGAUCUCAGCGUCUUUGUCCCUGUUCUCUGUGUGCUGGGCGCUCGCCAGCUUCAGCAAGAAUGUUAGACUACAGAACGUGCAUCGACUCGUACUCACCUGGCUGGGAGUUAUAUUCCAGUUCUUGUGGCGCCUGGGAACAAUAUCGGCGCGUAUUUGCGCGCUUACCGUCUACGCUCUAGUCUACGAAUAUUGGGUCUUCUUAGUUAUAGGUCUCCACUGGCUGUCAAUGUUUCUGUGGCUGAUAUCUCCUAAGAACGUGUUCCACGGAGAACGCAUCAGUCGGCCGCGCAAGGCGUACCUCUCAGCACUCAUUGCAUUUGUAUACGUCUUCGCUUACGUCAACCUACAGGAACUUAAUCAUAGGCAGAAGAUGGUGACGUUCUACUGCGUGAUGUGCGUGGAGAACUGGUUGUUGGUGACGGCGUGGUGGUGGUCGGGUCGCUCGGCCCGGCCCGCGCCGCUGGCCGCCGCCGCCGCCGGUGCAUUCGCCGCCGGCAUCGCCUUCAUGCUGCUUUAUUACAGAUACUUCCACGUGAGACGACUGGGCUAUAUGCUGGGAGAACAUCAACAGGGAACGAACAGUACCAACACAUCAUCGCAGAAUAAAGAUGGUAAAACAUCUAAUCAAGUUGAGAACCCAACGAUACCGGGCGUGUUCAACUGUCGGUUCUCAAACCCAGUCAGUAACAGUGCAGCGAAUGGUCGUAAAAAGAAGAAGCCGACUUCUUUCGUGCCUCCACCAGCCGCGCCUGCCGCUGCCUUCUGGAGGAGACCACUGCCUGCCGCUCAUAAUCAUCAUGGUGGGUCAUCUGAAAACGAAGGUUCAAGCGUCGGUUCAAGAGUGAACAUCCAACAAAAAUUACAAGAGAAGAAACAGAAACAACUUGCAGAACUGCGCGUCAUAGAGGAGGAGAUCAAGCAAGGCAAGCUAGCCAAGACAACGCCCGUCGCCGCUGAGGAGAUAUACAGCAGUCUACAGCGACAGCCCAUACCCCGCGCCAAGACUCACGCAGAACCCCCCGCCUGGCCCAGUAUAGAAAUGGCACACUCCUACCAAAACUAUCCCAUUUGCAACAUUUACCCCACCUACACAGAAAUAAAACCCGAUUUCAACAUCAAUAUAAACUUCCAAAACAAUGAAAACCCACCUUCAGACAUCAACGAUCCUCUCAAAAUGCGAAGAUUACCGAAUAGAUACGAUAACACCCGAACCUUUUACGAAAACCCAGCAAAUAUGAGAAACGACGUAACGCGCACUCCACUUCGCUCACCAAACUAUUUAGCACUCAAUGAGAAUAGAAAUUACGAUGCGAAUGCCUGUACAAGUGCAAGGAACGCCCUCAGUAACAGUCCUCGAACCUACAUGCCAGACGUCAGCAACAACUACGAAACAGCUGGGCUAGACAAACCUAGAAUAGCACAGAAUUCUAUUUACUCAGAAGACCACAGGCAAAUAGGAGAGUAUUCAGGAUACUGCGAAGGGAACCAAUAUCCAAAAUAUGAAAGUAAAGACGAAUACGUGUCAGCUUUGCAUAACGCGUUGAAUGUGCAGAAUAUAGACAAUAUUAGGAAUAACUACAAUGAGGUAGGUUGUGGUUAUAAUCAGAAUUGUGAGCGGUUCCAGUACCCGGGGCUGGCGGGGAAGAAGAUGGAACAGAUGAGGAAGAUGCAGCGAUGUCGGACGCCUGAGAUAUUACUCGCGCCGCACUACUUGGAUGGGUGUAACAGACAGGUCUGCUGUCAUUGGGGACCACCGUACACAAACAGGAAAAAAGAGGAAGGAGCGGGCAGUAGUGGUGAGGAAUCCAGUCCGGAUGGACCGGCGCGUGAGACUCCACGGCCUCCCAGCGAUAUUGAUAGCCAGAUCUCGCUGCCUCGAUCUUACACGCUACCGAGGGAGUUCCGCUACUGGCGUCGAAGACCACGACUGAGAGACGCACACGUUCCCAGCAACAACAGCAGUGAUGGUGACGUGGACAGUGCAGACGAUAACGACAGUGAGCAUCGCUCAAACUGCUCGGCGGCGUCCCAGCUACAGAGUCCGACGUACGAGGCGUACUACAGACAGACGGACAUGUUGCCGCGCGACGAUGUAUACGCUUGCGCAGACAGACGCCCGCGCAGGAUACACGCCUUCCGGAAACAACCCGCCAAGCCAGAGACCAAGCUAUAGUAUAUUUUCAACUUUAGUAGUCUUGUAAUCAAGUCUAAAAUCUAUCGAUGAUUAUGAAGUGUAGAUACAUCGACAGAAGUGGUCAGGACUAUCUCCAUUUUCUCUUUUUAAGAGAAACAGUCGACCAGCUUUAGGUUUUGCGGAAUUUUGAAAUUAACAUUGUAUUCAUAUUAUUUGUAUUGAUUAUAUUAUUCUUGGACCUGAUAAAGCCAGCCCUGUUGUAUUGGGCUGGAAAUAAAUAGGUAUUUUACUAACAACAAAGUUAUAUUUGUAUAUUCAAUUAGUCAAAUAUUGUACAUACUAACUUUUAUAUCCGUCCGAUAUGGAUCUCGAUUUUAGUUGAAUAGGUUAAUUAUUCAUGAACUCUGACUUAGUUGUAAACACUUAGGAUAAGUUAAUAAAUGUAUUAUACUCUUGUAUUAUUGUAUAAUAGUGUAUAAUAAAUUAAUAGACUGUGAAAGGGGAGAGUGGAAAUAAAACGAUACGUGUCAAACUUUUAUUUACUUUAUUAUCUAUUAUCCAAUUGUAAAAGGGGAACCAGUCACUCGCUAUCACUCCAGGUCACUACAUCGCUACAGAUCUCAGCCAUUUACACAUUUAUAAAGAAACAUCAACCGAAAUAAGGUUAAAAAUUCACAAAUACACAUUUAAUGUUGAUUAAACCUAUCUUACGAACUAGGGGACUCGAGCGCGCGGGGAGACGGCUGCCAACUGAACCAAACAGAACAUCCGAAUCUACAACCCUAAGCCAUAAACCGUAGUUUAAAGUAUAGGGUCGGUGUCUGCAAUGCUGUUCGCGAAUAGAGACUAUCGAAUAUAGACAAAAACAGGUCGCCUCUAUGGG